UCCUCUCUUUCCCUCUUUCAUGAAGGAUGGCGAUCGAUUAAAUCUCUCAUCUUGUUUUUGCAACAAAGAGGAGAAACGUGACGAACGAGGCCUCAAACGAGAGGUGAAGACGGAACAGGAUCCUAACCUGAGUAGAUACGAUGGUGAUGAUGUGAUGAUUCCAGCCCGGACGUCCUUUGUUAGAGUGAACACUGUCCCGGACAGUCGGUGUGCUCGACUUUAAACAUCUGCAAACCAUGUCGUCAGAGUAAGACGACUUUUGGAAGUUCUGAAAUUAUUACCUCAUUGAGAUUUUUUCGUAGACUUGAUGAUGUUUUCCUUAGAUUCUCUUAAAUGUGUCGCUAUAAUCUACGCAGUUGCUGUUCUUUGGGUACCAGUGGUCCAUGCCGUGAUGGUACUAACGCCCAGCGUCACGGAAACCACGCGAGAUCUGGGCGAGAACAUCCUCAUCAUCUGUGAGACGGAGACGCCAGACAGUCCGCACUGGUUCGGACCUGACGGGACUCAGAUCCCCUCGGACGCGGAGGUCGGGCUGGCGGCGCGCGUGUUCGCGGCUGAACAGACGACGUUCUCCCGACUGUUUGUGAACCGUGCUGAGGAGGGGGACGGGGGUGUGUACACCUGCCGGACAGACACGGAGGAGGCCACUCUACAACUCAUCUUACAACUGCCCCUGCGAAUAGAGAGCGCACCGUCCCCACAGCAGACCGGACUGGGGAGUGACUACAAGAUCGUCUGCCAGGUGACGAGUCCGACCACACCCACAUUCACCUGGUAUUACCGGGGCGACGUUAUUGAUAUCGACGCGACCCCUCGUUACACCCUGGCCGCCGACGGACUGAUGAUCACCGACGUGAUGACGUCAGACGCAGGCCCGUACACGUGCGAGGCGCUGAACCCUGACACAGGGGAUAGCGACUUCCAAGACAUCGUCUUCAACGUCAUGGAUGACGCCACUCCACAAGCCUUGGACAGCCCAUCGGCGAGUCAACUGCCAAGCGUCUCACCAACUCGUACCCUUAACGUCACAUCCAGUAGGACAGCGGGUACACCCAACAUCACCACCGAGACCGGAGAAGGCACAGGAGACACCGCUAGAGACAACACCAGCGCGGUGGUGGGCGGGGGCCUGGCGGGGAUGGUUCUCCUGAUGGCCGUUAUCGUGUCGCUGUACAUCGUCUACAGGAACAACGUCAAACGGAGAGAAGGCAGAUCUAGAGGGCGCGUCAACACAGCCGACAGGGCAGAGGACGGGGGGAUGUAAACAUUGUAACGUUACCAAUGAAAAACAUGGAUGCAUAAUUCUAAGCAUAAAGUCUUGAAAUAGCAUUGUCACCCAUGAUGUACCCGUUUAUCCAAUGAGAAAGAAUUCAAGGUCGAUAUGUGAUGACGUUAUGAAACAGUACAGGGAUUGUGGUUGGGAAAGCUAAUUGAUAAAAAAACAACUAUUUUAUGUAUUCUGAAUGGAGUACAACCAGGUACUAACAUUCAGGACCUUCCCAUGACUUUCUAACCACGUUAGUACUUUUAGAUCUGUAGGAAUGAGCUACGUUGCUCUUGUUUAUUUCUCUUAGUAUACAGUAUAUAGUAUAUAAUAACAUAUGUGAGUGCACUAUGAAUUACUUUAUCUAAACUCCUUGAUUAUAGCCAAACUUCCAGACACCCAGUAAACAUCUUUAUUGACCCAAUAAAAUUACGGCGACUUUCGUAAGGUCUCCACAGCUAUACGUGCAAAUAAACAUGUGGAUACAACCUACAUUCAAACACACGAAUAAAUCAAAGUGAAUUUAACGCAUCAUUUACA